AAUACAGUUGGUAUGUGAUGUAUUUAUUUAUGUUCCUGUCAGUUGGCAACAGUGACAAAAUUGCAGUGGAUCGGGGUGGCGUAGCGGAUUGCGCCCGAUCCCGUUUUAACAUUUUUCACACACGACGAGCUUGAUCCGUGACUUAUUUGUGUAAAAUAAUUAUAAGUCGAUAGUGAUAAGUGUUUCGGUAGCGCCCUACACCGCGAUGGACGCUGCGUAAGCUGUGAAAUUGUGCCUAACAAGUUGUUCGUCGUAUGUUGUCUAAUGGCGUCCAGAACGGAAUAAAAUGAAAAUGUUUGUGUGAAUACGUGAAAUAAUCUGAGGAAGGUGCUGUGAUGUGUUUAGUUGCUGCGACGAGUGGCGCGUGGGUAGCGCGGUGAUGGCGGUGGCGGGCGCCCCAUGAGCCGGCUGCUGUGCUGCCUGCGUGAGCGCCGAGCCGACAUGGGCGCCGCGCUCUCGCAUCCUCAGGAGGGCGAGGCGUGCGACGGCGCCGGCGUGGCGGCCGCGCCUCCCACUAUGGCAGAUGUCAUACGAGAGAGGAAGAAGAAGGCUGCGGGCUCCGGUCUCGGCACGCUGCGGCGCCGCAUCGCGCUCGUUCGACAUCCGCGCGACAACCGACCCAAUAGAGGUUGCGAGCACGCGCGCUUCAUCCGCUCUGUAGUGAGCUCGUGGCGCUUGGCGGAGGUGUUCCUGCUGUGCGAGGAGUUGGAGGCGGGCGCCGCGCUGCGGGACCUGGUCACGCAGGCAGAGCUCGCCAGGGAACCGGCCGCCGCGCUACAUGCUGAUCUCGCUCAUGCGUAUAGAGACAGAUGGUGGUGCGACGUGGAGCUGGUGGGCGCGGGGUGGAGCGUGGCGGCGCACCGCGCAGUGCUGGCCGCGCGGUGUACCUACUUCCGGGACCUGCUGCAGCGGUACCCUGUGUCGUGUUGCCGGGUGCCGCUGGACGGCGCGGGCGCGGCGCUGUCCCGCGAGGAGCUGGAGGCCGCCGUGCUGGCGCUCUACGCCGGACCCCAGCACAAUGGGCCCUGCGCCGCAUGCGCCAAGUGGGAGCGCGCGGGCCCGGCCGACGGGGACCUCGACAUCAUCAACGGAGAUAGCACCGGCACGUGGCGCAGUGGUGGUGGCGGAGUGUGUGGGUGCGGGCGCGGUGGGGGGAGUGGGGGUGGGAUCGAACCCGCACUCCUCCGUCGCCUGGCCUCUCUGCUGGGCUUCUCGCCCGACGCGCUGCACCACGACAUGCGGUACCUACUCGACUCUGGCGAGCUAGCAGACACGCGACUAGUGUUCCGGCUGGAGACAGGCUGCGGCGCCGCGUACGGGUUCCGCACGGCGCUGGAGCUGCCCUGCCAUCGCCUGCUGCUGGCCGCCCGCUCCAGGUUCUUCAGGAGCGUGAUGUCGCGGCGUGGUUCCGCGGGCGGAGGCGGUGCGGGGGGCGCGGGCGGCGGCGGGGGCGCGGUGGGCGCGUGGUGCGUGGACGAGAAGGUGCUGCCGCGCAGGUUCGCGCGCGCACUGCUGCACGCCGCCUACACUGACACUGUGGACCUGUCCCUGAUCGGACGCAGCUCCAGCUCGCCCUCCUCCACCGGCAGUACCGGCAGCGGGGCCACGGCGUGGUCGGGCGUGACCCGCAGCGGCACGCGGCCCGUGACGGCCGCCAUGUUGGACGACGCGUUCCAGCUCUACGAGAUCGCCAGGUUCCUGGAGAUGCCGAUCGUGGUGCAGGGCUGCGAGGACGCCAUCGUGGAGGCGCUGACCCCCGACUGCCUGCCGCACGUGCUGCGCUGGGCCGCGCAGCCCCACGCCAGCCACUGGGUGCACAGACAAGCGAUGCGCUACCUGCGCGACGAGUUCCCCACAAUAAUGUCCGCGGGUAGCUGCGGUCGCAUCCCGGGCAGCGCCUUAAGCGAGGCGCUGGCGUCCCCCUUCCUGCAGGCCAGCGAGGCGCAGGCACUGCGCGCCGUGCUGCGCUGGGCCGCGGCCGCCCGCGCCCCCGCGCCCCCGCCCUGGCCGCGCGCCCCCUCCCACACGCGCCGCGCCCGCAGGGACGCGGGGGACGCCGCCCUCAGGGACGCACUGGCUCCGUUAGCCCCCCUACUGAGGCUGGAACAUCUACCACCGGACCAUGAUCUAUUGCAGCAGGUGGUGCGGCGGGGGAUAGUGUCGGCGGUGGGGGGCGAGGGCGCGGGGGCGGCGGACGCGUGGCUGGCGCGCGGCUCGUACCGCCCGCCGCGCUGCUUCCUACCUUAUCUGGAUGAAAUUAAGGCGCUACUGGAGGACCAGGCGGUGCCGGAGGCGGAGCUGGCGCGCGCGCGCCGCGAGCGGUACCUGCAUCGGAUACCCGACACACUGUAUAUGGUGGCGGCGGCCCGCAACGGGGGCCGGUCCCCGCUGCCGGCGGGCGGCGCGGAGAGCACGGGCGCGGCGCGCGCGUGCGUGUCCCCGCGCGUGCUGGGCGGGCUGCGCGCGCGUGCCCGCCGCCUGCGCGCCACGCCCGCCGCCGCGCGCGCGCUCGCGCUGCACGCCGCAGACACCAACACCGUCUACCGACAGAUCGCGUUGCGCGCAGUCCGCGAGAUGUCGCUGCCGGACGCAUGCGCGGACCUACUGCUGGCAGAAAUGGACAGUGACAGGGAGAGAGAGACAGAAGACUGGGAGUCGGCCAACGAGGGGGGCAGCGAGCGCGGCCGGCAGCGGGACGUCGAACCCGACACCGAGCGGUGGCCGGACGACCAACCCAACCUCGACUGCUGCAGGACGUUGAGCGGCAGUGGGUCGUUGCGGUGCGCGUCGUCCGCCAGUCUACGCGCGCAGCCCGCGCUGCACAUACCGCUCGACAACUCUCGGCCGGGCACGUGCAGGCGGGAGGGCGCUUCAAGGUCCGCUGAUACUGCGCAGCAUCGCCAAUCUCUAUCGUCGUGCUCCAGCCGUACGUCAGGGUGCGCGAGCGGGGGCGCGGGUGGGGGCGCGGGGGCGCGGCUGUCGGCCAUGGUCCCCGACGUGGCCAUGGCGCCCAACGCCAACACGCACCUGCUCACCGCCCGGGACUACUUCCGACACGCGCCGCCAUGGGAGUACAGCGGCGGCGGCGUGCUGCAGCUGGACCUGGGGGACGGGGCCACGCAUACUCCGCGACCGGGGUCCCGUGCGGCGCGAGCCGGCGCUGCGCAUGCGCGACACUCGCGGGAGCAUGCACCGGGUAUGUCGUGUCUCCGGAGUCGCGCGGACGAAGACGAACUGCGCGCCGCCAUCGAACUCUCUGUUAUUAGAGCAUACUCAUCAUCUCGCGCUCCAGCGGGUGCGGCUCCCCUAUUACUAGGGGGGUCGCAACUCCAACACCCCCAGCAACAUUCCCAACAACACCCCCAGCAACACCCCCAACAGCACGCGCAACACCCCUCAAUCCUACCCCCUACCCACAGACAGCGCUCCCCCGCGACACUCCCCCACACUAGGGGGGAGCGGGGGGGACGAGCACAACUAGCGCCUACACAUCAUAACCCGGUCCGCAGCCGUGCGUCGGCGUCCCCCCAACGUACCGCUGACCUGCAGCCCCCGCACCACGCGCAGCUGAGCAGGCUGGGCAGUGUAGCGGCUGAGGCGACCGGGUCCCGCAGCCCCAGCCCCGGCACCGGGGGCCAAGCGGGGGGCCCUGGGCCGCACGGGGGCCCGGGGGGACCCACCGCGGCGGGGCCCGCCUCGCCCCGCCCGCACGACCUACUCUACAGGCAUGCACAGCAUACACAUUACAGACUGGAGCCGUCGUACUCGGGUUCGAGUUCCGGCAGUAGACACACGUAUGCGUGAGGACCAGCCAAGCAGUCGGGCCACAAUUCGUGCUACGACUGCUAGCGACAGUCGCGCAACUAAUCGCGCCACAGUCGCCGUCGCCGACAACAGUGCAGUGAUUUCACAGACUCAGUAGUGGAGAAUCAGUGCAUCCCCCAUACCCCUCUACCCGAUCCCCCUUCCCCCCUUACAAGAAUAUGGACUUUAUGAUGUAAGUGAUAAAUUCCAUUAUCCCUUAAUUUUGCAUGGAAGGCCCAAUUUGUAUGUUUGUAUGUAAAGAUA